AUGGCAGACACUGAACAGGGUUACGACCCAAAAGUACAGGUCAAGGAGACCGGACCCCAGGUCCAUACACUGGAGUUACUAUCUACCGAUGCAGAAUUGAAAGGUUCUAACUUUCAAAGAGGUAUCGCGGUAUUUGGUCGAGUAUUCGGUAAAGUGUCUGGAGUUGAGGCUCGAGGAAUUGAACGCGUAGCAGAUGAUGAGCGCCAGGCCCCGGCACCCAAUACUUACACUCGCAUCUUUCUUUUGUGGCUAAGCUCUGCGUUGACCGGGAACAACAUUAUCGUGGGACUGUACGGUCCAUCCUUAUAUGGGCUUGAUUGGAGCCAGGCCACCACAUGCGCCACUUUGGGGGUUAUACUAGGAAUAUCUAUUCUGACCUGGUUCAUCGCCACUCUUGGUGUGCACCUUUUCCAGUUCUACACUAGAUACGCUUGGAUCAUCCAAAUCUUAACGUUGGCCAUCAUGAUUGGCUCUGCCGGGCCAAGCUUCAUCACCUCACCUUUCUUAUCCUCAGAUAUCCCUAGAGCGACAGCCUCAGAUCGGCUUUCGUUUUUCUCUCUUUGCUUCGCCUCGGCCAUUACCUGGGCUCCAGCAAGCGCAGACUACUUCGUCUACUUCCCAACAGCAACCAAUUCAUGGCGAAUGUUCCUCGCCGGUAGCGCAGGCAUGAGCCUGGCAAUGGCUUUAACAACACUUCUAGGCAUCGGCCUAGCAACAGGGAUUGACUCGAAUCAAGCUUGGAUUGAGGCUUCUCUUGCCUCCCCUGGGAGUCUGCUCGCGGCCUCCUUCAGCAACCUACAUGGCUUUGGCCGGUUUUGCGCUGUCAUCCUCCUUCUCGGCACAGUCUCUAACAAUAUCCCAUGCACAUACUCAGCGGGUCUCAACCUCCAAAUGCUAGGCCGCUACGGCCCACGUAUCCCGCGACCUCUCCUGACUACACUAGAAGUCGUGAUCUACACCGUCUGCGCAAUUGUCGCUCGCGAGUAUCUUCGCGAGAUCAUGGAGAAUUUUCUCCCGCUCAUGUCUUACUGGAUUGUGGCAUGGCUGGCGCUUUGUCUGGAAGAGGCGUGGAUUUUUCGCCGAGGGCGCGACUAUGACUGGGCAAUUUGGAAUAAUCCACAUCGUUUGCCGAUGGGUCUUGCUGCCGGUGCCAGCUUUGUAUUUGGGAUUUUGGGUGCCGUCCUUGGAAUGUCUCAGUCAUACUUUGUCGGACCGAUUGCCAAGGCCUUGCCUCAGAAGUGUGAUCUGGGCAUGUGGCUUGCAUUUGGCUUUACAGCAGUGGUAUAUCCAGCUUUUCGAUGUGCCGAGUUACAUGUUGUGGGACGGUGA